AUGAUAUAUCCAGAUCUAAGGCUCAAGUUUGCUUGUGAGACUUGGUGGUCAGCAAUGUCUACUACUAAUUUUCCUGGUUAUAAUCUGUUUAGAAAAGAUCGUCAAUUUAGUCGUGGUGGUGGUGUAUUAUGGUGUUUGAUUGAAAUUGGCAAAGAGCAAAUUUUAUGUGGUUGUAUGUAUCGGACAGGUCUUAGUAAUAGUGAAAAGUGUAUUGACAUUAUAAAAUCAUUAAAACAAGCAUAUGUACUCAAACAAAAUAACAAAUGCUCCAGUAUUUUAAUAUGUGGUGACUUUAACUAUGCAAACAUCAAGUGGAACGAUGAAAGUUUUAGUGAAAUUAUAAAUGACAGUGACACAACAGCAAGUAUGUUUAUUGAGUCAUUACAUGACUGUUACCUGCACCAAAAUGUUAUCAGUCCUAGUUUUCAAGUAAAGUUUGGUAUUGAUACUAACAUUUUAGACCUCAUUUUAACUGAUAAUAGCAACAGAGUUUAUUUUCUUGAACAUUUUCCACCGUUAGGUGGUAUCGAUCAUGGUCAUCAUAUUUUGAAAUUUCGAUUUGGACUAAGUGUUAAUGAAUGUUACGAAAAAUGGCUUAGAAAAUAUGAAAUAAGAUGUGAAAAAUAUAUCCCAACGCUAAAUUUUGAUAAAAACUCUUUUCAACUAAAAAAUAACUCACUAUGGAUGACAAGUGAACUUAAAAGCAUGUGUAAAGAAAAGAAAAAAUGUUGGUUUAGAAACAGAAAUUCAGAUAUAAAAAAACUUGUCAAGAAAAGUAUUCGCAAUUUUGAAAAAAACUUGGCACCUUAUUCAAAAAACAAUCCUAAAAGUGUCUAUGCUUAUAUAAACAACAAAACAAGAAUUAAAGACUCGAUCAAAGCCAUAAAGCUACAUAAUGGUAUUAUAACUACUGAUAAUCAAGAGAUAGUAAACACUCUUAAUGAAUUCUUUGCUUCUGUGUUUAUACAAGAUGACUCAUCAGAAGAAGUUUUAGACAACAAUCUUUUAACAAAAUGUUCUGAUCCAGAUUUUAGUAUUUCUAUUAUUCCGAAACAUUUGAGUAAUUUAAACAUGUACAAAUCAGUAGGUCCAGAUAAUGUUCACCCAAAAGUUCUAAAGGAAUGUUCAGAAUUUUUGUCAAGUUCUUUAGCAAUAAUAUUUGUUAAAUCGUUUAUUACAGGAUCUAUUCCAAAGUUAUGGUCAUGUGCAAACGUUGUUCCGUUAUUCAAAAAAGGAAAUAAACUAGAUCCAACAAAUUAUAGACCGGUUUCAUUAACAUCAAUUGUUGGUAAAGUCAUGGAGAGAAUUAUUAAAGAUCAUAUGAUGGUGUUCCUCAUUGAAAACAAUUAA